GCGAGAAAGAACAGAAGACCCGGCCCGGCCUCACCCAUUUCUCCGCAUACAUCAUCUUCAUCUUCUCCUAACAGAUUCAGCUCCAAGUUGCCCAGUAUGGCCGCUGCUGCUUCUGAGAGCUUCAUCCACCUGGCGAGGCCUUUGGCGCCCAAUACCGUCGGCCUCCAGACUAACCUUGCCCCGCUCACUGUCAACAUCCAGCCUCAGGCUGUCCUUUCCAUCCUCGACCACGCCGUCCGACGAGACAUUCGAGAUACCCAGUCCACCCGAGUUAUCGGCGCUCUUGUUGGCACCCGAUCUGAAGAUGGCACCGAAGUCGAGGUUCGCUCAUGCUUUGCCAUCCCCCACACCGAGGAGGAGGACCAGGUCGAGGUCGAUGUCGAGUACCAGAAGAACAUGCUUGCCUUGACCCUCAAGGCCAACCGUGGCGAGUCCCUGCUCGGCUGGGACGCCACUUCUCACGAGCUCAACAGCUUCAGCGCCCUCAUCCAGAACUUCUUCGGCAGCCCUGACACCGGGACUUUCCCCCACCCCGCUAUUCACAUGACCAUCUCUACCGAGCCUGGGGAGGAUAUUCAGUCUCGAUGCUACAUCAGCGCUCCCGUUGCUGUCAACGCUGAGCGUGCUGCCGACAGCUGCCUCUUCAUCCAAGUCCCUCACAAGAUCCUCUAUGGUGAUGCCGACCGAAGCGCUCUCGAGGCCAUCGCCAGCGCAAAGGACUCCGAGUCCCGAACAGCCCCUCUCGUCUCCGAUAUUGAGGGUCUUGGACGAUCUAUCGAGCAAACUAUCGGCCUUCUUGACCGAGCAAGCGAGUGGAUCAACGGUGUUCUUGACGAAGACGAGGAGCCCAAUAACAUUGUCGGCCAAUAUCUUCUCAAUGCUCUGUCCUUGGCUCCCAAGGUCGACCCUUCACAAAUCGAGCACGACUUUAACAACCACAUUCAGGACGUCCUCAUGGUCAGCUACUUGGCCAACACUAUCCGCACCCAAAUCGACCUGUCUCAGCGAUUGGCGACAGCCAACUUGGCUGGCAACGAGAAGGAGGGUGAGGGCAAGUCAGAGGAGAAAGGUGGCCGACAGGGAGGCAAGCGUGGUGGACGAGGAGGUGGCCGAGGAGGUGGCCAACAGCGUGAGCCCCGUGAGCCUCGUGAGCCCAGGGAACCUCGCGAGCCCACUGAGUAAAGAAGUCCGAUGAAAAUAAGAGCUGAGAACUAGAUAUUGGAGUCCAGGUUACAAGAAGGUCACGUCCCGACAAAAGUCUAGGAUAUUCCCCCUGGCAUGCAUGUGAGAUGAAGCAUGGGUUAUUGUUUCAAUAAAAACAUGGCGUUGUGGUAGGCAUGAAAAUUCCGGCACUCCCGGCCAUAGAAUUGAAUUCAAUCGUCAUAAACUAUC